GAUCAAACUUGACGUGGCUUCUCUAUUUUACAAUUCUAGACACAACAAAGUGAAAAUAGAUUGCUAUAAGGAAAAUUUUUCUCUUCACAUGUUCACAAUAUUUAACCUUUUCCCAAUUGAAAUCCGAUUCUUUGGAUCCGAAAUUUAUCCUGUUUCGUCAUAAUGUUACCCAUUCUUAUUGUCCGUGUAACAAAUCGAUUGAUUUCCGGAAGAAUUUCUACCGCACCAAGAAAUCGAACCACAUUUGAUUUGAUUUCCAAUCAACAACGUUGUAUUCAUGUGACUACUAUUGAUAAAGCAUAUUCGACGACGACAAAAGUUGUAAAACAACAAAGUUAUCAUCAACGAUAUGUCAAUUAUGCACCGGUGCUAUAUGAAUGGUCGCAGAAAUUAAAUUCAGGUCAAUUAACUAUGGACUCGUUGUUAGCCUCUCAACAAUUUCAACGAGUAUCUGAAAGUAUUUGUGAUACAAUCCGCCAUUCGGAUACAAAUAUUUUAAAUAUGUUAAAAUCACUUAUAAUUAUGAAUCUGGAUCCUAACCUUAGAAUCGUUCGAUUUCUAGAGGAUGAACUGUUGUAUAAAAUUCAAUAUAGUUAUGAGUUUAAAUUAUUAAAUGCUACCAUGACUUUGUAUCAUUGCCUAAAAGAUACUACACCAAAACGAUCGUUAAUUUUCGACACAUUAAUUCGAACGAUCGGCGAAAAGUUGGACGAGUCAAAAGCUUCGAUGCUUGAUCUAGUACACAUGACAAAAUUCACUCGAUACUUUAUGCCCGAAAUAAUGAUUAAAAUUGAAGAUCAACUAAUGAGAUACCUUGAUUCGGACGAAGAGAUUCCAUUGGAUAAUCUAUGCUAUUUAUUGGUAUUGCUAUCUCGUCAUAAUCGUCGCAAUAAAAAUCUAAUCCGAUCGGUCGUUGCAAAAUUAUUAAAAUACCGUUCCGAAGAGAUUUACACUAUGCCUCCGCAUCUUAUCCAUAUGAUAUCAUCAUUGAAACGACUAAAUUUUCCGGAAAUUAAUCUGUUGGAAAAAUGUUCGGAUAUUUUAGUUAAUUUUAAAUUUUUGGAAAAUCUUAGCGAGUCAUCUAAAAGAGAUUUCACUGUGGCGAUUUCGAAUUUUAAUUUUUCAUAUCCUAAAUUGAAUGAUUAUUACCUACAAACAUUGAAAGAUAAUCCAGAUAUUUUCAAACAUCAAGAUUUAAUAACAUUGACCAUCACGCUAGCACGACUAAAUUAUCAACGCGAUGAUUUUGUUGAUAUAAUUAUGGACCAUAUUGUUCCGAAAAUUUCCGCUGAAAAUUGCGCAUCCCGGUAUCAAUGGUUUAAUUUUGUUCAUUCACUUAUGCUACUACGGUGUGCAACUGUUGAUCACGUGAAAUCUAUUUUAAGAAAUCAAUUUUACGUUGAAAUGGAACAAGAAGAACUGGAGUUGCAUCUGAAGAAUCUGAAAGAAAGACAGGCAAAAAAUUCACAACAAGGUGAAAACGAUGUUUCAUCGGAAAAUGAAAAAUUGGAUCCAGUAUCUGAAGAUUUAACUGCUAAUUCAGGCCAUGAAAUUUAUCGUAUGAUGAAUAUUCGUCGAAAAUAUUGCGUUCUCAAUGGAAUGAUUUCAUUGCAAAGUGAUUCUCGAAUUAUCGAUCCAAACACUCACCAAUCAAUGGGGAAAAUUCCAAUUCAAACGUUUUUCGACAAUGAAGAAGAUAUGGAAAAUUUCAAAACUUAUAUUAAAACAUUCGAUUUGGAUAUAAUUAAACGAUCUAAAGAUCUACAGGAAUUUCGGAAAAAAAUAAUACAAACUUUUGACGCAUUUGCUCCAAGCAAAGAUAAAUACAUGCUCGUGGAUGUCAAAACACCCUUUGGUUACACCAUCGAUGCAGAGUUGCUAGUUGAUCUGGAAGGAAAACCACAAAUUAUUGAUAGGCCAAAAAUUUCAUCCGCUGAUUCCAAAAUGAAAGACAUUCAUCGAAAUGUGGCUCUUGUGUGCAUUGGAUUCAAUGAAACAUUAUUGGAUGAUAAUAGCCGAUUCAUUGGACCAAAAGACGUCGAAUUAUCUUUACUAACAUCACUUGGAUAUGUAGUCAUACCCAUUCAUCAAAAUUCACUUCCACAAUCGGUCACUUCAUUGAAUCGCGUUAAAUUUUUGCAAAAUUUAAUUAAUUCUCAUAUAAAAAGCGAUAAUAAUAAUAAUGAUGAUGAUGAUGAUCAUUGAA